AUGGCGUCCAAGAACACGGCGUACAACACCAAGGCUACCCACGAAGAUGAGUCUCAUCAGAUCAUCUCGUCAUACUUCAUAGGCCCCCAAGCUGAGAACCUUUCGUACUUCAAGGAAAACAUCAGCAUCAUCUUGGAAGAGCUUGAGGGCGCGCGAAAGAGUUACUAUCCUGAAGAUGGCAAUUUUAUCGAUGAAAAGACACAGCAGACACCUGCCUUCCUUUCUUCCAUGGAAAAGCUCCAGAAUGCGGUUCGGAAGGCUUCCAACCUCUUGGGCAAGUCAAGCAUACCGUUCUGGUCCCCCCGUUAUGAAGCUCACAUGUGCACUGAUUUGAGCAUGCCUUCCAUGCUGGGGUACUUCAUGACGAUGCUUUACAAUCCAAACAAUGUCGCGUUUGAGGCCAGUCCGCUAUCAACACUGGCAGAGAUUGAAGUGGGAGAGCAGCUGUGCGAUCUCUUUGGCUAUAACAUAGACGAGGACAAAACUGGAGCUCCUACGUCUUGGGGCCACGUGACUUCACGUAACCUGAAGUUUUAUCCCCUCUCGCUUCGUAAGGCUUUCGGGAGUGGUGAGGCGCUCAAUUUCUUGUCGGAAGCAUUCAAAGUCGAGACUUGCAUGGGUGAAAUCAAGCUUUUCACUGAUUUAUCGACUUGGGAUCUACUGAACUUGAAGCCAUCUGAUAUUCUUGACCUCCCUGAUCGACUGUAUCAGGAGCAUGGAAUCUCAAACGCGUUUCUUUCCGACGUCAUGAAAAAGUUCACCAUUCAAUCCACUGGCAAGGAUGAACUUGAGAGAGUAUUCGGGCUGGAACUGCCAGGCCAGUACAUGCUGUCAAACACCAGGCAUUACUCUUGGCCAAAGGGUGCUGCGAUCAGUGGCUUGGGCUCUGAUAAUGUUGUUGGCAUUCCAGUGGAUGCGGCAGCGCGUCUAGAUUUGGGUGCGUUGGAGAAAGCAUUGCAACAGAGUCUUGACAACAAGCAACCCGUUUAUGGGGUCGUUGCUAUCGUGGGUUCCACUGAAGAGGGCGCCGUGGACUCUCUGAGUGGCGUUCUCGCCCUGCGCAAACAGUUCCAAGCCAAAGGCUUGUCUUUCGUGGUUCACGCCGAUGCGGCCUGGGGUGGGUAUUUUUGCUCCAUGCUGCCAAAGGACUAUCGCCCUGGAGAUGUCAUGAAUCUUCCCACUGACAUGGGUGCGGCUGAUGGGUUCGUGCCUGAUGCGACACUUCGCGCCAAGACUCAGGAGGAUCUAUUUGCCAUGCGGUUCGCCGACUCCAUUACUGUUGAUCCCCACAAAGCAGGAUACAUCCCCUACCCAGCUGGCGGUCUUUGUUACCGUGAUGGCCGUAUGCGAUUCUUGGUCACCUGGACAAGCCCUUAUCUGUCGCGAGGCUCAGUCACUAGCAUCGGCAUCUACGGUGUCGAAGGAAGUAAGCCCGGCGCCUCAGCAGUCUCUACGUGGUUGUCCAACAGGACAAUUGGUCUCGACUCAAAGGGCUAUGGUGCCUUGCUUGGAGAGGUCACUUGGACUUGCAGCAGGCUCUCCGCAGAAUGGGCAGCUUUGACAGAUUCCACCAGUCCUUUCGUCUGCGUGCCAUUUAACAUGCUUCCAUCUGAACUCGAGCCAAAUCCGACUGAGGAGAAGAUCGAGGCCGAAAAGGCACGCAUUCGAUGCGAAAUUGUCAAGAAGACGAACGCCUCCAUCAUUGCCGAAGAUGAAGAGAGACCAGAUGACGAGAAGGUCAUGAAGCUCCUCAGGAGUUUGGGUUCAGACCUGAACAUCAACGCUUUCGCGUUGAACUUCCGCUACGAGGAUGGGCGUUUGAAUGAUGACAUAGAAGAGGCCAACUACCUUAUGCAGAGAGUCAUUGAGGCUCUUUCUGUAGACAGCCCAGACGACGAUCCUACCAAGAUUCCCCUCUUCCUCACCUCCACCGAAUUUUCUGAUGAGUUGUACGGAGAAUGUAAGGCAAACUUCGUCAAGCGACUCGGUCUGGAGCAGAGUUCACAAGACUUGAUGGUGCUGCGAAACGUCGUUAUGUCUCCAUUCCCCACUGACGGCAACUUCACGAAUCAGCUCGCCGACAUUUUCUAUGAUGCCGUUGCGAAAGAAACUGAGACCGUCCGCAAGCGCAACACGCCGGCGCCGGAUUUUCACAGCUUCCUCAUUCAAGGGACGGAGGAGAUUUACCUCAUCCAUCUGCCCAUGUUCCAUGUGGCGAACCACCGACAGCAGCUAAUUGUCAAGGCGAGCUUUGACGAGAAGUCGAAGGCCAAGUACAUUGCCCUAAAGAGAUCGAACCCGUCGGAGCCGAUGCUGCUUGUAACUCAGCGCAAGGUCAUGGCCAAAGAUGUCAUCGAGCAGAAGGGGCAUUUCGAUGGUCAGAUCAUGACGAAGGAGUCCGGCAUUAUCCUCCAAGACGUCUGUGUUCAAUUGGGUAAGACUGUCGUUAGCCGCCCUUUGAACUCCAAGUAUCGUCUCGACAAAUAUCCGGAUACCUUCAUGCCAUUCUACCUCUAUGGGACUCCAAACGAAGCCAACAUUGACCACGUCAUUACCCGCGCGCCGAAUACGCAGCUUUCCGCGGGCCGCUGUAAGCUCAAGUUCUAUAAGAAGGUGGACGAUUCAAUCUGGAAGAAACCCUUGGUUCUACUUAUUGAGGACGUCCGCGAGGCGCCCAUGCAGCCAUUCCCGUCAAACAAUGAGAUCGGCAGCAAGAAUGCGGCCAUCGUGCCCCACGAAGACUUCUGUCGUGAGGAUGGCGCCAGAGAGAGUUGGAAGAGUGCUGAGCCUCAAAAUAACAAGAGCACGUCUUUGAAAGAUGGUUUCAAGAUUGAUGUCCCCGGCAUGUCGUUCUCGGUGUCAACCAAGGACAACGGGUUCCGUCCCAAAGGGUACGAUUCCCGAAGCUACGGUUUCCAAGGCUACAGUUCUCAAGGUCACGGUUCCACGAAAGAUGUCGACUGCCACGAUUGCGGCAACGGGAACGGUGGUUUCCGGAUUCACGAAGAGGAUGAGUCUCACAAACCUCACACAUCUGCAACGGUCGUCAACAGCGGGACAAGAAGUAGCUCCUCAAGAGGGUCAAGCUUUUUCUUCCGGCCAGGUGCAACUUUCAAAGUUGGAGUCUGGGAAGACGGUGACCGUUCAAACGCCAGCUCCAAUUAUGCAAGCUUUGAGCUGGGCGAGCUCGUUGGUCGAGGCGAGCUUACACUCGGGGAGAGCGUGUACGUCGACAGCGAAGCCAUAAACCUUGAUCCGUUCAAGAAGGUCGAGAAGGUGGCUGAGUGGCGCCGCGAGUUUGACAAGAUUGGUAAGGAGUUGGAUUAG